AUGAGUGAAAAAGAGACUGACUGUGAUAAUAAUUUUGAUUGUAACAGUGUAUCUAAAAAUGAAGAAAGUGUUAAAAAUAUGAGAAAAAGACAGUACCAUAAGUAUAAUGAUAAAGAUCUUCAAAAUGCUCUUUAUGCUAUUCGAGAAUCAAAAACAAGUAUUCGCAAAGCAAGUAAACUAUUUAAAGUGCCACGAACAACUCUCCAAGAUAUAAUAAAUGCUAGAGUAUCUGAACAGAGUCGUCGAAUGGGACCUGAACCUUAUUUGACUGUAAAAGGCGAAAAAAGAAUUGUAGAUUGGAUUAUCAAUUCAGCUAAAUGUGGUUUUCCUCUAAAAAUAUACAGAAUACAAGAUACAAUUAAAAAACUUAUUGAAGACAGUGAUUUGAUGACUCCAUUUGUAUUCAAUAGGCCUGGAAAAACUUGGAUAAGACUUUUCUUAGCAAGGCAUCCAGAACUGAGGACUCGUGUAUCUGAAGGGAUUUCCAAAGGUCGAGCCAUCGUUACUGAAGAAUCAAUUAGAAACUGGUUUAAAGAUCUUCAGCAGUACUUAAAAGAUAUUAGUGCAGAAGAUAUAUUGAAAGAUCCCACUAGAAUUUUUAAUGGUGAUGAAACAGCCUUUGGUUUAUGUCCGAGUACUGGCAAAGUUUUAGGCCCAAAAGGCUGGAAAAAUAUAUAUGAAGUAAAAAUGGGUAAUGAGAAAGAAACGAUCACCGUAUUACUAUUUUUUUCAGCUAGUGGCGAAGUUGCUCCACCAAUGAUAGUAUACCCAUAUCAGCAAUUACCUGAAGAAAUUGCUAACAGUGUUCCAGCAUUUUGGGUUAUAGGAAAAUCAGAUUCUGGUUGGAUGAAAAGUGAUGUGUUUUUUGAACAUAUGGCAAAUGACUUUAAUAAUUGGUUAGAACAUAAAAAGAUUAAGAAACCAGUGAUUUGUUAUGUGGAUGGUCAUAAGUCGCACUUAACAAUGCAUCUAAGUGACUUUUGUAGCAAAAAUGGAAUUAUUUUAUAUGCUUUACCGCCAAACUGCACACAUAUUAUUCAACCAGCAGAUGUCAGUGUCUUCAGGCCUGUUAAACACAGUUAG